GUCCUUAAUUAAGAUUGAGAACAUAUGGGUUGAUCUACUCCAUCCAAUGUCUUCCAAUAUUCAGUGCUUAAAAAGUUUAACUGUGGAAGAGUGUAACGGUUUGAAGUUUCUGUUUUCAUCUUCUAUGGUCAAAAGUUUUGUGCAACUCCAAAAGCUUGUGAUAUGCAACUGCAAGUCAAUGGAAACAGUGAUAUUUGAGUCAGGAGAAUUAGAAGGAGCAGAUAAGAUAAUUCAAAUGAAUUUUCCUAAACUAUUCUACUUGAAGCUACAAGGGCUUCCAAAACUCACAAGAUUUGGUAUUGGAAAUCUAGUUCAAUUCCCUACCUUGAAUGAACUUCACAUUGAGAUUUGCUCUAGUUUAAAGACAUUCUUCCCCAAUUCUUCUAGUGUAGAAGUGAGCUUGGAGAACAUUCUUACUACUAAUAUAGAGCCCCUGUUUGAUGAAAAGGUUGAUUUGCCAGGCUUGGAGAAGCUGAUACUCUUACACUUGGAUAACUUACAGUUGAUCUGGCACAAUCAACUCCGUGGAGACUCCUUUUGCAAAUUAAAAGAAGUCAGAGUUGAAUUCUGUGAAAAUUUGGUGACUAUUGUUCCAUCUAGUAGUACUCAAAGACUUUUUACCUUUCAGAAUCUGGAAACAUUAACUGUUGACAACUGUUGGAAUAUAAAAAGUCUGUUUCCAGUUUCCAUAGCUACUAAUCUUUUGCAACUCAAACAACUCACGCUACGCUAUUGCGGUUUGGAGGAAAUUUUUGGCAAGCAGGAAGUAGAUGGCACUCCAAGAUUUUUGUUUCCUCAAUUAACGCGGCUUAAACUUUCCAUGUUACCAGAGCUCAAAUACUUCUACAUGGGGUCCUAUACAGCAGAGUGGCCAAUGCUUAAGGAAUUGCUUGUGUACGGUUGUAAGAAGAUAAAAGUAUAUGCUUUAGACGGAAAGAGCCAACCUGCCCUAUUUUGGUUUGAAAAGGUCAUACCUAAUCUGGAAACAUUGGGUUUAAAUGCCGAUAACGAAACAUCCUCAUGUCUUGAUCAUAUUCCAGCUUGGAGCUUUGGGAAACUUAAGCAUCUUGGACUGCAAAGCUUGGAUGAUUAUUCAGUGGGAUUUCAGUUUGGUCUCCUUCAAAAAUUGCACAAUUUGCAAACAUUCUAUCUAUGUGAUUGUACAUUCCAAGAACUACUCCCAUUUGAAGGAUGUACAUGGAAACAAAAUUCUCAGAUGAAAACAUUUCUCCAAAAUCUUCAAACUUUGUGGGUAGAGAGAUGUCAUCGUUUAACAUCUUUGAUGUCAUCCUCAUACAUUUGCUUCAAAAACAUAAAGCAUUUGACAGUCAACUGUUGUAAUGGAUUGGCAAAUAUACUAGCAUACUCAGCAGCAAGAACUCUUGUCCAAAUUAGGACAAUCAAAAUCAGAGAAUGUGAAUUGGUAACAGAGGUUAUAGCAACUGAGUCUGAGAUAGAGCCAACAAAAGAGGAGAUUGUUUUCAACCAACUGGAAACAUUGGAGCUUCAUUGCUUGAAAAGCCUCACAUCCUUUUGCUCUGCCAAUUACGCUUUUCGAUUUACAUGCUUAGAACAAGUGAUUGUGAGUCAAUGCCCCAAUUUGAAGAUUUUUUCGCAUGGAGGUUUAAGCACACCAAAACUAAAGAAGGUACAACUAACAAAGAUUAUUGAUGUUGAAUAUAUCUGGAAGGGUGACCUUAAUUCCACUAUCCAACACAUGUGUGGGAUUUGUAUGUCUUAAACUUUUACUAGAAGGGCAUAAUCAUAUUUCAUUAAAGCAGGGUUGAUAUUUCAUUUCCUGGUAGAGUCAAAAAUAGUCAUUUGGUGGCUUAGAUAUUUUUCUAACCUUGUGUUAAAAAACCAAAGUUGUUUGAGUCAGUGGAUUUUGAUAUGUUAAGUGUAUUGUUUAAAACAUUUUGAGGGUAAAUGAGUCCUUUUGGCUUUAAUGGAAGUCUUGUAAUAUUGUGAAUAAGUCAUGGGCAUUCUCGGUUAUGAUAUAUUUAACCAAGUAUAUAAAAGUAACGUUUUACCUUAGGUAUUUUGAUUUUUGUGUAUUCGAGAAGUUCUUCUCUUUUAAGUUUAGUCAUCUCUUUAAGUGUUGUUAGGGUUUUGUUUGGUUUUUCAGUUUGUUUUUUUCUAGUUUGUCUGGUGAGAAAUUUCUGACUUCUUUUUAUUAGUUCUUUCUUUAUUAGGGUUAAUGGUUUAUUAAUCUUGUCGAUUUGGAUAAACUAUUGUAUAAAUUUUGUAUUUGGACAUUAUAUUAGUAGAUUGACUAAAGAAAUAUUUCUGUUGUGAAUG